AUGACUGAUUCAAAGGAUUCGCAGUCAAAGGAAGAGGAAUCGAAAAAACUUUUAAAAAAAGAUCAAGUUAUCAACGUUAUGUAUGUUCAACUUAAAAAUGAAGAUAAUAAGGUUCCACUGGAAAAACUAUUUCAGAAAAUAAAGGCAGAAGGAGUAAUAAUAGAGAGGGAUUAUCGGUUACAAGAUUUUAUGAAUAAGUGUCGCCAAUUUGGUGAGUUUGGAUGUUUCAAAGAUGUAGCGGUGACUUUCGAUGAAUUCUACAGAUUGGUCGAGCCCAGAAGAAAGCUUAUUUCUGGUUGUGUUACUAAAAGAUUGAAGAUAGAAGAUUUCAUGGAUUUUUCGGGAACUGUUGAAGCACUAUAUGAUUCAUUAAAAUCAAACAUAACAGGCCAAGUGUCAGAUGAAUUUCCUGAUCUAGAAAGUGUUGAUGUUAAUAAAUGGGGUGUUGCUAUAUGCUCUGUAGAUGGCCAGAGAAAAUUUAUUGGCGAUUCAGAUUUUCGUUUUACAAUGCAGAAUAUAUGCAAACCACUUCUUAUGGCACUUGUUUUGAAAACAGCAGGAAUUGAAGUUAUUAAGAAAUAUAUAGCGUUUCAACCAAACAACGUUGGUGAUGAUAUCCUAGAAUUAAAUACAAGCGGGAAACCAUUUAACGCAAUGGCCAACUCCGGUGCACUCAUGCUGUGCGCACUGUUGACUACAAUAUCUUUCAAAGGCCAAAGUGGUUCUUUCAUUCAUGAUGCCUAUGUAAGAUAUUUAAAGAAAUUUAUUGGUGAUGAAUAUUUGGAAUUCAAAGCCUCAUCGUUCAUUUCAAAACUGGACUCAGCUGAUGAAUUACGAUGUAUGAGUUUCGGAGUGACCUGUACAUCGCUUAUGCCUCCAGGCUAUGAUACAAAUAACUGUUUAGAUCUUUUCAUUAAGGCAUGUUCAAUGGAAGUAACAGUUGAAAGUUUGAGUCUGAUCGCCGCUACGUUGGCCAAUGGUGGAAUCAAUCCUAUAAGUGAAGAAAGAGUCAUAUCUUCCGAUGAUAUCAAAGAAAUUUUAUCGGCCAUGUUCAGCUACGGACUUUACCAGUUCUCCGGAGAAAGCAGCUUUAUGAUCGGUCUGCCAAUGAAGUCCUCAACCUCUGGAGCUUUGAUUAUGGUUGUACCGGACAAAAUGGGAGUGGCAUUGUAUUCACCUUUGUUGAAUGAAUACCAAAUAAGUGAAAGAUCAUAUCAGUUUUGCAAGGAAUUAGUCAGAAAACUGAGGUUACAUCAUUUCGACAGCAAUGGUGAUACCAUAUUAAAGAAGUUUCCGAAUAGGAGAGAAAAAGCAUGCGUUUGCGAACCAUUUUGUGAGUUAUUUACUGCAGCAGCUGCAAAUGAUGUGAACAAGUUAUCACGCCUUCAAGAAAAUAAGGGUAACUUUUACGUAACAGACUUCUUUGGCCAUACUAUACUUCAUGUAGCUGCAGCCAAAGGAGCUUUAGAUGCCGUCAGAUUCAUCGCAGACAAUUAUCCAUCUCUGAUCUCUGUGAAAGACAAGUGGGGCAGAACUCCAAAGACAUAUGCUCAUGAACUAAAAUUCUAUGAAGUUGUUGCUUACAUAGAACAUUUAGAGACUUUACAUUAA